AUGGACAGCAAAGCCUUCUUCACGACAAAAACAGAGCAUCCGGAGUCGAACGACGAGCCCGAUCCGGAGAACCGGCGGCGUUUCCGGCGUCGGAAGUGGUCGGAGAACGAUGAGGAGGAGGAGGAAGAAGACGACGAGCCGAGGCUGGGUUUCUUAGGGUUAAUGUGGCGGAGGAGGUUUUGGAAGAGAAUUUUGGGUCGGGAGGGGUUUUCGGAGGAAGCUCGGAGGGAAUUUGAGUGGGCGUGGUACGACGGGGGAGGGGUUAGUGGCGGCGGGAUGUGGUGGUCGCCCGCGGAGGCGUGGUGGUGUUUGGGGGUGCCGGGGAUUGUUUCCCAGGUGAAGGGGACGGAGCUCGGGAGUUCGCCGUAG